ACCCCUUCAUUUUCCUAAACAAUCCAAAUAAUUUUGGAGGAGAUAACAAAGAUGGGUUCACUUUCCAAGAUGGAGAAACCUCAUGCCAUGUUCAUCCCAUACCCAGCCCAAGGCCACAUAAAUCCUAUGCUAAAGCUUGCAAAGCUCCUCCACCGCAAAGGUUUCUACAUAACUUUCGUCAACACAGAAUACAAUCAUAGACGUCUUUUAAAGGCUAGAGGUUCGAAUUCUCUCGAUGGCUUGCCUGAUUUUCAGUUCAAGACCAUUCCCGACGGCUUGCCACCAUCGGAGGGAAACGCGACCCAGCAUGUCCCAUCCCUCUGCUACUCCACAUCCCACAACUGCUUGCGUCCACUCUGCAGUCUCAUUUCUGAGAUCAAUAGCUCUUCCUCCUCCGGCAGCCACCCGCCGGUCUCGUGCGUUAUCGGCGAUGGUGUAAUGACCUUCACCAUCAUGGCGGCACGUGAGUUUGGGAUUCCGGUGGCCAUGUUCUGGACGGCCAGCGCUGCGGGCUGCCUUGGAUAUAUGCAGUAUAGUAAGCUUGUUGAGCAGGGCUUGGUGCCGUUUAAAGAUGAAAACUUUUUGACAAACGGGGAUUUGGAAACGACAAUAGAAUGGAUUCCACCAAUGCAAAACAUACGCCUGAGGGACAUCCCAAGUUUCAUAAGAACAACUGACAAAAACGACAUCAUGCUCAACUUCUUCAUCCAAGAGUUACAAAGACUUCCCAAAGCCAAUGCAAUAAUCAUGAACACAUUCGAUCCCCUCGAACACCAUGUUUUACAAGCUCUCUCUUCCAAGCUUCCUCCCAUCUACACCAUCGGCCCGAUCAACACGCUCGUCGCCGACCUCGUUGCCGAUGAGAAAAUGGAAGCGAUCCGAUCAAAUCUAUGGAAUGAGCAAUCCGAAUGCGUGGAGUGGCUGAACUCCAAGAAGCCGAGCUCCGUGGUGUACGUAAACUUCGGGAGCAUCACGGUGAUGUCGCCGCAGCAACUCGUGGAGUUUGCAUGGGGGCUUGCCAACAGCGAGAAGCCGUUCUUGUGGAUCACAAGGCCUGAUCUUGUGGAGGGGAAAUCCGCAGUGUUGCCGUCGGAGUUUGCGGCGGUGACGAGAGAGAGGGGAAUGGUGGGGAACUGGUGCAACCAGGAGGAGGUUUUGAAGCACCCUGCAGUAGGGGCGUUUUUGACGCACAGCGGAUGGAACUCGACAAUGGAGAGUAUCUUCGGCGGAGUGCCGAUGAUUUCGUGGCCGUUUUUCGCCGAGCAACAAACCAACUGUCGGUACUGUUGCACGGAGUGGGAGAACGGCUUGGAGAUAGAGAAUGAUGUGAAGAGGAACGACGUGGAGAAGCUUGUGAGGGAGUUAAUGGAAGGGAAAAAGGGUGAAGCCAUGAGGGAGAGUGCGAAGGAGUGGAGGAAGAAGGCAAUGGAGGCUUGUAUGCCAGGUGGUUCGUCCCCCAAAAAUUUGGAUCGAGUCAUUGCUGAAGUUCUAUCGAAAAACCUCACCAAUGGUGUUCCAAAUUAGGAAUAUCUCGUUAUGGUUGAAUUUUUUAAAAGCAGGAAACUUUCUAUAUUUCAAAAGAUUAAAAAAAAUUGACAAUUAAAUCGAUAAAAUAGUGUUGAUGGAUAAAUAUUUGAGUAUUGUUUAAAACUUAUCUCUAGAAUAAGUUGAACUAUUCCCUACGGAGGAGGUUGUUGAUUUGUAUUUGUCUUACUUUUAUUUUGUUUAAUAAUAAGUAAUCUUACUAAAUCUUUAAUA